AUGGCGAAAGAAUUCAACGUGCCUCCAGUGAUAUUCCCCUCCGGUGGAAACCCUGCAGGUGGAGGCCCCCAGCAACGCCGCCUCCCUACAGCCCCCUUCCAACCCCCGCGAUCCUCUAACGCUAGCAUUCCAUUCAUGUCAUUCGAUGUCAAUUCGGCUGCCGCAUCCACUUCAUUUUCGACUCCUCAAUUCCCCUCCACAAUUUCCGUCGGCGGCCCUACUGGAUUCGAGGACGAGCCGCCGCUCCUCGAGGAGCUGGGCAUCAAUACUAAGCAAAUUUACCAGAAAACGAUUUCUAUCCUCAAUCCAUUUAGAAUCAAUGCCCGUCUUCACGAAGAUGCUGAUCUCUCUGGGCCUUUCCUUUUCCUGAUGGCAUUCGGACUCUUCCAACUCCUUGCCGGAAAGCUCCAUUUCGGGAUACUCCUCGGCUGGGUUACUGUGGCAUCGCUGUUUCUAUACAUUGUUUUCAAUAUGUUAGCGGGCAAGAAUGGGAAUCUCGAAUUGUACAGGUGUGUUAGCCUGAUCGGAUACUGUAUCUUGCCGAUUGUGAUACUGUCGGCUGUGUCGUUGUUUGUGCCACAGGGCGGGGUGGUGAUCAUGGUGUUGAUGGGGCUGUUCGUGAUAUGGUCUACCCGUGUUUGCGCAUGCCUACUUGUUGAGCUGGCAUCCUAUGGGGACGAGCACCGAGGCCUUAUCGCGUAUGCUUGCUUCUUAAUUUACAUGCUUUUCUCUCUGCUCGUGAUUUUCUGA